GUCUCUACAAGAGUUGUUAUACACAGCCAAUGGGAAACUGCUUGUCUAAAACUAAUGUAGUUCAUCCUCUAGUGGAGUCGUCGGAUGCGCAAACUGACCUUGUUGCCGGUGUUUCAGAGAGCAUAUGUGAUGUUGACGUUGUAUCCGGGCCUGAGUCUCCGGCACUACCUACUGUUGAUCCUGUUAUCCCCAAGUCAUUUUACCCUCCAGUUGUUGAUAUCAGUAGAGAUGAAGCAAGUUGUCGACUAAUUAGAAGUAAAAUAUCAGGUAGGAAGGCGGAACGGCAGUUCCGACUUCGCCUACAAGAGCUCCUGGACGGAUGGCGCAGGGGCGCUGCGAUAGAGCUAAUUGAAACCCAUUCACUUAGCAUUCCUGCAGAAAACACCGUGUCUGUAGAAACACUGGCACUGAACCUAGCUAACCCAGAUGCCAAAUACAUGAAAACUCUCGGUGAUUCUGCACAAGUCAACCUCUACGUUGCUAAAGCGUAUGCAGUUUUCUUCUGGAUUUCUACCAAUAUUCAGUUUAGUCCCAAAAUGUGGAGGAACUUCAUCACCAAUCCUGAGAGCCUUCGGUUAGAAACAGAAGCAAAUCAUGUGCUGGAAAAGAGAGAAUGUGUUUCCAAAGGUCAUGCUAAUCUUUUUCACAGUGUUGCAACAGCCAUGGGGUUGAAAUCAUGUGUAGUGAUGGGGAACAUAAAAAUCCCUCGCUCAGAGACACACGACCCCACUGAGCAGUUUCAGUGCAGUAAACUGAAUCAGCAUUGGUGGAAUAUGGUUUGUAUCGAGGGUGUAUGGGUGCCUGUGGACUGUGCAUGUGGCUCUGGAAUGGUCGCUCCAUACCUCAAAUACCAACAUACAUUCAUGCCCCAAUACUUUGCUGUAAAUCCGGAACAUUUCAUCUUAUCCCACAUACCUGUAAAGUCGGAGUUUCAACUUCUUCAGGAAAGCGUGACCUUAGCCAACAUCAGUCCUCUGAUAUCACCCUCAGUUCUCUCCCUCUCACUUGGGGUUGAGCCGUUGUCUUGGGCUGAAACACUCGUCAUUGACAGAGACAGUCCUUCAACUACUAUCAAAGUCCCUGUUAGAGUCCAUUCCAAUAUGAGACUGUCAGCAACUCUGAGAGAAGCAAUAGAUCUAACUCCUGAUAAGAAUCAAAAUAAACUGAAUGACUCACAGUGCCAGGCAACGUUUAUUCAAGCCAAAGAGAACAGUACUGUAGACAUCUAUGCUUCAAUACCUGGUAAGGGCACGUUUUUUCUCGGCAUUAAUGUGCACAAGGAUAAUGAUACUAUGCCCUGCUUCUCAUAUCAAAUAAAUUGCCUAACAAAACCAGCUCCCUACACAGGAUUUCCAACUGUGUAUGACUUACCAUCGGUUGCUUUCCAGUUUAAGCCACUAUACUGGAACACACCAAAGGCAGCAAAUGUUCGCGAAAAUGAAGAAGGAAAAAUGGAUCUUGUAUUUCGAUGUCAAGCAGGCACACAAUUUUAUCAUUGUCUUUUACCUGGUAACAAAAGUAGUCAGUUAGUUGACCUUGAUUCUCAACACUUCUGCACUGCCGUUACCCGAGAUAUCACCGAUUACUCUCUCUACAAGCUGAAUGUUGUGUUCCCAGCCACCGGAUGGUGGACUGUAUACCUCUGUGCCGCGAAGAAGACAGGAGAUCAAGUGUCUGGCUAUACAGCUCUCUUCCAUUUCCCAGUGUUUGUGAGAAAGGAGUUGCACAAAUGCACAUACCCGCAUAUCCACACGCCAGACAUUCACUUUCAGUUGAAGGAACCAAUUUCAAGUGACGGUAAAGACAUUCUAACCGUGCCAUUUUUCUUAACUCAAGACCUUAAAUUGCAGUCUAUGCUUUGUUUUGAAGACCCAGGUGGAUUACAGUAUCAAGAGUAUACACUCACAAGACCUCUUGAGGGACUUAAUGAGAGGGGCGAGUACAAGUAUGUACUACAGGUUAUUUUCCCAAACUCUGGAAAGUGGUACGUUCGGGUAUAUGCUAAUUCUGCUGAGGAGUUACAAACAGAGGGCUAUUUGUCCCUUUUCGACUUGUUUCUAGAUGUCGACAAUUGCUUGAAAAGUGCCAUUUUUCCUAUAAUGGAUCAAGAUGUAAUGAAAAAAUGUGGUAUACAUCUUUUGCAUCCUGACUAUCUCGUAACGCUGAAUAAAGUAAGCAAACAGACACCGUUACUGAGGUUUAUAGCCCCAAACAGAGUAACAUUUGAUCACUAUGUUGAACCAACCUCACAUUCCCCUGGAAAUGGUUCCACUGAAGCACUCUUUCACAGACACUUCACUUACCUCUCAGCUGUAGAGAACAUGGGUACUGAAAGUCGUUACGAGCUAAAAGCUGUGUUCCCAAAGAUUGGAAAUUGGAUAAUAGUGCUCAGUGCUGCAGAAACUUCGCUUUCAAACCAAAAGGUGGCCCUUAGGGUCAUAGUCAAUUUCCCACCAGAGACUGAUGAUUUUCGAAUUUUUCCUGCUGUUCAUCCCUCAUUUUUGGAAUUUGGAAUAUCGUUUUCUGCUGACAAAAUACCGUAUCCAAAACUCUGUAGCUCGCCAGAGUUUCAUAUUGAAUUUCAAUCUUUAAAGUCAGUAAACUUUGCAUGGACACUCCAAGACAUUCGAAGCAAAAGGCAAAUGCCUCACUCCACCAACGUCUUUUUAGAAACUAGCAAGGAAACACAAGGAGGUAAAUCACUGAGGAAGCUACGGGUCGUAUUUCCGAAGCCAGGUACAUGGCUAGUCCAAGUUGUGGCAAGGAAUGUUCUCACUGACAUAGUCUCAGAUAAUACUCUCUCCCUUAGCCUGCACUAUCAACCAGUUUUCGACCUCAUUGUUGAAGCUUCGAAUGCAGCACUUUGUCACAUGAGCUUCCCCAGGAUCCACGAGUCAUUCCACACACCAUUUGGACUCCACAUAGACAGUUCAGACCUUCCACUACCAUCACAAAUUUUCCAACUACCAACUACGUGCGAAAUUAAAUUCUACAGCCCACCAGGUGUACUUUUCUGGCAUCACUGCACAGAGUCGUCACAGUUGCAGGACAGGAAAAUUACAAGGAUGACAUCGUAUGCCGAGACAGGUCUUCAUGAGCUGUGUGCAGAUAUCAGCAAACGUGGACAAUGGACAGUCUACCUUCAUGCUAAACUCCAGGACGACAUAUCAAAAACCUGGACAGCUGUUUUACAGCACAGUAUUGUUGCCAAGUCUUCAAAGUCUUUCUCUUCUUCUUCUUUGCAAUACCCUUAGUUUCAUCAGGCCUUUAUGCACUUUUGUUUGUUGAUUGGCUAGCACAGGACAAGAGGACAAUAGUAAUAAUAAUGUGUAGCUACCUGCAGAAGUAGAUGUUUUUUGUUUCCACUCUAUAGAGAACACUUUCUCUGCGUUAAAAAGCA